CAUGCUUUCUUAAACUGGUUUUUUUUUAUUUUUUAUUUUUUUUUAUUUUUUUUGCGGAUUUUUUUUUUAUUUUCUAUUUAUUUUCUAUUUAUUAGAAUUGACACAUUCUAAACGGUAAAAGUCACCACCAUUGAAAACCUUAGAAACAGUAUUCGCAGCUCACUUCCUUGAAUAAAGAAGCUGUUUGUUUCUGUAGACUCUUCUUACACCUAGGUGCUGCUUCCGUAUAACAAUUUUUUGUUGUCUGCGGAUUCUGCUCAAUCGAUCUUUUUUCAUUUGUGAAGAACUUGCAGAGCGUUGACUGGUGAAAAACAACAAAGUUUGUCCUGUUGCUUAAUUAACAAGCAUUCUCAUUAUUCCCAGUGAUAAUUAAGGUUCAAGAUGGACCGUCGGAGUGCCGUGAAUGCGUUCCGGACUAUGAUGAAAGCUAAAGGACCUCAAGGUGCUCGUAGAGGAGCAACUGGAUUUGGACUGUUGGUCGCAAUUGCCCUGCUGGGUUAUGGUGCUCAGGUCUCGCUUUUCAAUGUUGAUGGUGGUCACAGAGCAAUCAAAUAUAGUCGGGUUAGCGGAAUCAAAAGUAAUGUGUUUGGUGAAGGUACCCAUUUCAAGAUUCCUUGGAUCGAAACUGCUAUUGACUAUGAUGUGCGAGCCAAACCAAGAAAUGUAUCCUCGCUUACGGGGACAAAAGACCUUCAGAUGGUGAACAUCAAUUGUCGUGUCUUAUCGCGACCCAAUGUUCAGGCAUUACCAAAAAUAUUCCGAACCCUAGGAAUUGACUAUGACGAAAGAGUUCUCCCCUCAUUAAUUAACGAAGUGUUAAAGAGUGUGGUUGCACAGUUCAAUGCAAGCCAACUCAUCACACAACGUGAGCGUGUUUCACGUUUGGUUCGUGAAAACCUGAUGAAACGUGCCGCUCGGUUCAAUAUUCUCCUUGACGAUGUGUCAUUGACUCAUGUUCAAUUUUCUCCCGAGUUCACUGUCGCUGUCGAAGCAAAACAAAUUGCACAACAGGAUGCACAAAGGGCCUCUUUCUAUGUCGACCGUGCCCGUAUGGAGAAGGAGGGAAAAAUUGUUCGUGCUCAAGGUGAAGGAAAAGCAGCUCAGCUUAUUGGCGAAGCUGUAAAAGACAAACCAGGUUUCAUUGAACUACGUAAGCUCGAAACCGCAAAGGAGAUUGCCCAAAUGCUUUCUGAGAGCGAUAAUAAGCUCAUUCUUAACAGCAACACACUCCUCUUGGAUCAAAACGCUAUCUAGGGCAACGUUACUCAAUUAGUAUUUAGCGUAAUAAUACACGAUCAGAAACCACUUCUUUUAUGAACAUAAUUUAUUAAUGUACGCAUAAAACCGUUUCCUUAUUGUAUUCUAUAAAACCUACUU